AUGGACCAUUAUCUCUCCACUCACGCCAGUCAAAAGCCCGACUCCAUUGCUGUGGAAGAUGAUUCUCAAAGGCUGACAUACAAGGAUCUGGAGACUGAAGUUGACAAGCUGGCUUCGGUUCUGAAAGGGCUUCGAUUGAAUGCUGAAGAGCCGAUUUGUAUCUUGGAAGAAAUAAACUCGAAACUAGUCAUUGCUCAGCUUGCAGUCAUUAGAGCUGGGCUGACCUGCGUUCCAAUGGGGCUGUCUCUUCCCAGGUUUCGUCUAAUUGAUAUGCUCAACGAUAUUGGGGCCAAAUAUGUCCUGUCAGAUAGGAACAACAUCGCUGAUGGCACUGAAUUUACCUUGAUACCUAUCUCAGGACAUUCUAGCCUUGAAUACGAGUCGGAUGCGCAAGAGGAUGGUCAAGUUAAUGGCGUGUCACAGCACGACGAACCUCACGAAUACCGCAGCCACAUCCUCUUUACAUCUGGAUCAAGUGGAAAGCCAAAGGCUGUUCAGAUUCCUGAGAGAGCCGUCCUUCAUUUAGUCACUAAUACGCCUAUUACGCCUCUGAGAGAUUCCGACCGUGUUGCCCUCAUAAACAGUCCUGGCUUUGAUAUUUCUAUUUUUGAAGUAUUUUCUGCACUUGUUGCUGGCGCAGCGAUGAUCCCCAUGCCCCGUGUGGUGGUUGCGGAUCCUUUCAUGUUCCGAGAAUUUGUCACGGAGAAAGUCUCGAUAGUUUUCUUAACAGCAGCCCUGUUCUCCAUUAUCGGGCAUACUUGCCCAAAUGCCUUUCGCGGUGUUCGCCAUCUUCUCAGUGCAGGAGAUGUUCCCAGUGCAGCUGCCAUGCAAAAAAUCUUUGAAUCAACCUGGGCACCAGAACAUCUGUGGAACACGUACGGCCCGACAGAAACAACCACGUAUUCUACAGUUCAUGAAGUCAACGCUGAAGAAUUUCAGCACCGCUCAAUCGCUAUUGGCAAGCCAGUUGGGAACACAGAGUUGCGUCUUGUGGACGAAAAUCUGAAUGUGAUUUUGAAGCCUGGACAAGUAGGUGAGAUACUUCUCGGAGGACCUGGCUUGACUCUGGGCUAUAUCAACCGCCCAGAAGAGAACCAAAAGCAAUUCGUCACGUUUGAUGGGAUCAAGUACUAUCGGACCGGUGAUCUAGCGAUGUGGCGCGACGCUAACCCCGAUGUUCUCGAGUUCCUUGGCCGUGCGGAUCUUCAAGUCAAACAAGGCGGAUUCAGAGUAGAAUUGGGAGAGAUCGAACAAACACUCAUGGCAAGCGGCUGGUUGUCUGGAGCUGUUGUACGGCAGAUUGACUCGAGCGACGAAGAAGAGGAGCCAUUUCUCGUCGCAUUCAUCGUCCCUGCUGUUGCCAAUACCAUUAAUGCACGGAAACUCUCUGAUUACCUGCAGCAGAGACUGCCGUCUUAUAUGGUUACAAAAGAUUAUGUCUUCUGUCCGGAGUUCCCCUUGACGGAGCAUAAUAAGGUAGACCGGAGAGCACUGGAACAGCAAUACUGGAAGAGACGAGAGAAGCAGAAAUCAACGGAUGGAGAUUUGGCCAAUGGACCUAGUAACGACACUGCGAGUGCUAUUAAGCAACUAUGGUCAUCUCUACUGCACAAGGAUACUUUUAACGAUAAUGACGACUUUUUUGCACUUGGAGGAACUUCCCUCAAGUCUGCCGCCUUGAUAGGGAAAUUGAGAGAACAAUUAGGCAAAAUAAUCUCCAUGCGGUCCCUUCACGAAAAUUCAUGUCUUGCAGAUUUGGUCAAAUACCUCGACGAAUAUGCAGAGGGGGGAGAUGCACCAGAUGAGGCAGAAAAAUGGAUUGAAGAUUCCAAGCUUGCUGAUAGUUUGUUUGCUGCCCCUGACUGGCAAGCUGAUGAUGAAGGAAGAGUCUUUGUAUCAGGUGUUACUGGGUUUGUUGGCGUGAACUUCCUCAGCCGAUUUCUACAGAUGUCUACUGUCAAAGAAAUUGUGUGCAUUGCACGCGCUAAAAGUGGUGUGGAGGCUGGAGACAGGGUGCAGGCGACAUUGGAGCGCUAUGACCUCUGGGAUGCGUCGGCGCCCCAUAUGCAUAAAUUGAGGGUUCUGAGUGGUGACAUCUCUGACGAUCUACUCGGGCUCCCACCAGCGCAGUAUGAUUGGUUAGCAAAGUGGGCAAGCGCUGUCUUCCAUCUGGCCGCCAAGGUGAACUUUAGUGAGCCUUAUAAGGCCCACUGGGAAUCAAAUAUCCGUGGAACAAAGAAUAUGAUAAAUUUGGCUGCUAGCGGACGGCGGAAAUCAUUUCAUCACAUGUCCAGCAUUGACGCGUGGGGCCGGACUGGCUUGGUAUUUGGAACUCGCAGAUGUCUAGAAGAUGAGCCUCUUGAGAACCAUGUGCGGGGUUUACCGUUUGAUAUCGGAUAUGCCCAAAGCAAAUGGGUAUCAGAGCAGAUAGUGCGCCGAGCCCGUGACUGUGGACUCCAGACUGCCAUCUAUCGGCCGGGAUUUAUAAUCGGUGAUUCUUCUACAGGGGCUGGGAACCCUGAUGACUUUUUCGCUCGCUUGAUGAUUGGAAGUAUUCGAUUGGGCGCAUUCCCAAUUCUUCCAAAACAGCGUAUGGAAUAUGUGACCAUUGACUAUGUGGUCAACACUACGUUGCACAUCGCCUCUCAGAACCAAAAUCUCGGCAAAUCAUACAGCCUGGUUGCUCCUGACCCCAAGGACUCUGUGAAUCUCGAGAAGACUGUAGAGGUCAUUGGCGGUGUUGGAUACCCAUUGAAACAUAUUCCAUAUUGGGACUGGGUUCGUAUGCUUCAAAUGACCGAUGACAUGGAUAAUCCCUUAUUGCCAGUCAUGCCGUUGUUGCAAGAACCAGUGUUGAACGGUCUCUCCCGGUUUGAGACCAGUAGGAACACACCGCACUAUGACAGCUCGAAUACGGUGGGCGCACUGAAAGAUAUGCCAGAUAUUCAAUAUGUACCUUUCGAUUCCAGAAUGCUGGGCAUGUUCCUCGAGUUUUGGCGCCGGAAGGGAUUCUACGAGGUGGCAGGUAUACAUAACUAG